AUGGAUCAGCUCCUCGAGUCGAAAGAAAAGCUCCUUAAGGCGUACAAGGAACUUUCUACGGCUCUAGAGGAGAAGAAAGAGAAGGAGGCCGCUCUGACCGACACUCGGAAGACCUUGUCUAGCAUGAACGGUAAGGUCACCCGGGCGGAGGAAGACGCCCACGUCACUCGAGAGGCCGCGGAGAAGGCGAAGGAGGAAGCGGCCCAAUCGAAGGAGCAGGCUAUCACGGCAGAGGAAGCGGCUGCCAAGGCCCUGGAGGAGGCUGCGCGGUAUAAGGACGAGGCCGUCGAGAUGGACAAAGGAAAGAGGCUCAUCGAGUCAGACCUUGCCGCCGCCCAGAGCGCUUAUGGCGGGCUAAAGGAGGCGCUUCUGAAGAGCGAAAUCGCCCGAGGUGCCACAGAAGAGGUUGAGAAGAAGGCCCGUGAGGACCUCGAGGCAGAGCGAGCCCGCUCUUGUGGCCUUUCUAAUGACGUCGAUCGUCUAAAGAAAGCGCAGCGAGAGAAAGAAGACGCUAUCCUGCAGUCGUGUAAGCUGAUCGAGGACCUCCAGGUCAAGGAGACAGAGCUGGCCUGCUCCUAUAAGGAGAUUGAGAAGUGCAACACCAACUUGGUCGGUGAAAAUACUACCCUUGAGGAGAAGGUCCGUGGGCUUACGGAUGAUCUGUUGGCCGCCUAG